AUGAAACCAUCUAAACUGCAAGAUCAUCUGAGAAGAUGCCACCCUGAUAAAACAGAGAAAGAUUUGAAAUACUUUCAAACACUCAAAGAUAAAUUUCAGAAGAGACCUACACUGGACAGAAUGUUCGCUUCGACGUCACAAAGAAAUGAUGAUGGUUUGCGGGCGUCUUACAAUAUCUCGUUACUUAUAGCUAUAUAUAAAUCCGGAAAACCGCAUACUAUCGGAGAGAAGUUAAUUUUGCCAGCCGUUGAAGAGGUUUUAAAAACUGUUUUACACAAACCUGCAUCUGAUAUCAUUAAAAGAAUUCCCUUCAGCAACAAUACUGUUGAAAGACGUAUUGAUGAAAUGAGUUCUGAUAUUGAAAGCUUCUUAUGCCACUGA